AUGAACGUACAAAAUCUCUUAUCGCAUGACCUGAAUCCUCACCAACGCUUGGACCUCGUCCGCGGUGACGUUUCUCAAGAGGCGCACAGAGCCCAUCAGUACCCAACACGCCACUCUGCCGUCUACAGUAACAAUGCUCAAAACUUUCAGCAAUACGCAACUCCCGAAGGAAGUCCGACUUACGCCAUGCAGCCAAUCAACCAGUUCGACGGCUACAACGGUUCCCCAACGAAAAUGGACCCAAAAAAUAUUACAUUUGAAUUGCUUUUCAACAGCGACGCUCGGUAUAGAGGACGUCUGCCAAUGAAAGUCCAGAUCUUUCCUCAUGACAAUACCGAUGGUAUCGUCAGCACCGUCAAAAACUUUUUCGGCUUAUACGAUGAGGCGCUUGCAGGCGUCAGCUUUGAAGACUCCAACGGCAAUACUCUCAUAGCUAGCCAUGAGAACUUUGCUAAUGGCAUGACUGUCUUUGUCAGAGUCAUACCUAAGCUUCCAGAAUAUCGCACGGAUCACGAAGCCACUAGCGAGAGACAGCAAGCGCCUUUGAAAAUCGAGAGGACUCCUCAUCUAGACGAAGGCUUCCAAAUGCCACCCCCUCAUCUGAAUGCGACAUAUCAUCAUCCGCAACCAGCCUCUCGACCAGCCUCUCGGCUUGCUCGAAGACAGAGCAGUUCUCCGAAGAUCGCUGCACUCCAGCAUCACAGCUCAACGCAGAAGUCCCGGCCUCGCCCUACACUCAAACGUGAUAGCAGAGAGGGCAGCUUUCAAGCACGUCUUGAGGAACUCAAUAGCGAUGCUGUGAAAGCUUGCAACAGUAGCGAUGGUGAUGCUGCUUCGGUCACGAGUUCUUUCCGCGCUCGUAAUGAAGGCCUUGCCAGUGCUGAGAUCAGCCAAGUCAAUAUUGUUGAGGGAGGUCGACGCCAAAAGGCUAAGUUUGAGAGCUCAGAAUUGCCCUUAUUUGUCCCCCCUCAAGUCCCUGUUGCCAACUCCAUAUCCUCCAUAUCUCCUCAAAGACGAUCAAAUGGGAAUGAAAAUGCUUCUCCUUUUGCACAUCCUUUGCAGCGCCCAGCCAGUUGGUAUCAUCCUAUGCCAUCGCCGCAAAAUUCUGCCUUUGGUAGCUCGGGUCUAAAUACGAAUCCUGCUCGCGCACCUGAGCCCCCCCACGGACAUCGUCUUCGGGAUAGAGUGAACGCACCAACAAUGCCUACAUAUAUGCGUGGUGGCAUGGCCUCUAAAGGGAUAGGCUACGGCAUUCUCCCUACUCCAGAUCCCACUAUAGCCAGUACUAUAUCCGACGAGGAUGUUGCGCUACAGCUUAUGCGUCUUGGAGAUCCCUCAAAUAUAUCGCAUGGUCGCACUUCCGCUUCUACCAUGGACGAUGCAUUGAGCGGUCGUGCUGACAUUGCCUCCUCUGGUACGAGUGACGAAGAAGGAGAGCUUGACGUCGACCAGCCAACUAUGCAGACUGGUUCGCCAAAUGAAGCCGGCCAUAACGCGCAUCAACGUAGUGCAGGCAUGGCUAUUUCAGACUUUAGUGGAGACGAAGAAUACCAAGAUGAUGGUCCGGCAAGCAAGCGUCAGAAGGUGUCCGUCGCAAAAACACCUUCUAGCAAACCACGCACAAACAGUGGCUCGAAGAAAAGCUCAAGCUCUAAAAUUGCCAAACCUCGCCUCCACGGACAGAUCAAGAAAUUAAAGCAUUCACUGGGCUCCAAUACACCUAAAGUCCCAAUCUCGCCUGCCUCUCUGCCUCCACAGUCUCGCAAAGGAUCCACAGCGUCCAUCAUGGGCCCUCCCCAAUUGCCCUUCCCUGAUGAGUUAGAUCUCUCGACUAAGCCUCGUUGCCAACGAUGCCGAAAGAGUAAAAAAGGAUGUGAUCGUCAACGUCCCUGCCAACGCUGUAAAGACGCUGGCAUUGGGAUUGAAGGAUGCGUCAGCGAAGACGAAGGCAAUGGUCGCAAGGGAAGGUUCGGACGGCACAUGGGGGUAAACGUCCAAAGUGAUGUUCAAGCAGCAUCUGAAUUCGAAAACGACGAUCUUUCUCUAGCAAUUGACGGCGAUGACAACAGUAAAAAACGCAAGCGGUAG